GCCCCGGUUGCUGCGGUGAUGAUGGCGGCUCGGGAAGCGCAGGCCGCCGGAUCUGGCUGUGAGCUGGGGACGCGGGAGCGGCUGGCCAGCGGGAGCACCGUGGGAGACGAGUCAUCAGACAGCGAGGCCGAGCAUGAAUCCGCGCAGAAACUGAUCCGCAAAGUGUCCACCUCCGGCCAGAUCCGCAGCAAGGCUAUAAUAAAAGAAGGACUUCUGAUGAAACAGACAAGUUCAUUUCAGCGCUGGAAGAAAAGAUAUUUCAAGCUCCGAGGACGGACACUGUAUUAUGCAAAGAAUGCAAAGUCCAUCAUAUUUGAUGAAGUGGAUUUAACAGAUGCCAGUGUCGCAGAAUCCAGCACGAAAAAUGUUAACAACAGUUUUACGAUAAUUACGCCUUUCCGCAAGCUGAUCUUAUGUGCUGAAAACCGCAAGGAGAUGGAAGAUUGGAUCGCAGCAAUGAAAACUAUCCAGAACAGGGAUCACUUUGAGUCGACCCAGUACAGCAUGGAUCAUUUCUCAGGGAUGCACAACUGGUAUGCCUGCUCACACGCGCGGCCAACAUACUGUAAUGUGUGCCGAGAGGCCCUGUCCGGGGUCACGUCUCAUGGAUUGUCCUGUGAAGUGUGUAAAUUCAAAGCUCACAAACGCUGUGCAGUGAGAGCCACCAACAACUGCAAGUGGACAACGCUGGCCUCAAUUGCCAAAGAUAUAAUUGAAGAUGAAGAUGGGGUCUCAAUGCCACACCAGUGGUUGGAAGGCAACCUGCCUGUCAGCGCAAAAUGUACUGUCUGUGACAAAACAUGUGGCAGCGUUCUCCGCUUGCAGGAUUGGCGCUGCCUGUGGUGUAAGGCAAUGGUGCACACAGCCUGUAAAGACAUGCUUCCCAUAAAAUGCCCUCUGGGGCAGUGUAAAGUUUCCGUUAUUCCUCCAACUGCACUCAACAGUAUAGACUCUGACGGGUUUUGGAAAGCAACGUGCCCACCAUCAUGUACCAGUCCGCUUCUUGUGUUUGUGAACUCUAAGAGCGGAGAUAACCAGGGGGUGAAGUUCUUAAGGAGAUUCAAGCAGUUACUGAACCCGGCUCAAGUGUUUGACUUGAUGAACGGAGGCCCGCAUCUUGGUUUGAGGUUGUUCCAGAAGUUUGACACAUUUCGAAUCCUUGUGUGUGGUGGAGACGGCAGUGUUGGAUGGGUGCUGUCUGAAAUCGAUAGCCUUAAUCUCCACAAGCAGUGCCAGAUGGGAGUUCUACCUUUGGGUACUGGCAAUGACCUGGCACGUGUGCUGGGGUGGGGUUCGGCCUGCGAUGAUGACACACAGCUCCCUCAAAUCCUGGAGAAACUGGAGCGAGCAAGUACAAAAAUGCUGGAUAGAUGGGGUAUCAUGGUUUACGAGACAAAAGUUCCACGACACUCCUCAUCUUCAAUAGGGACAGAGGAUUUCAGCGACGAUUUAGAGGUACAGCAGAUUUCAUUCUACGAGGAUUCAGUUGCUGCGCACCUGUCAAAAAUCCUGACAUCAGACCAGCAUUCAGUGGUAAUAUCAUCAGCAAAAGUGCUUUGCGAAACAGUUAAAGAUUUUGUUGCCCGGGUUGGGAAGGCUUAUGAAAGGACGACAGAGAACUGGGAAGAAUCUGAGACUAUGGCAAGGAAGUGCUCUGUGCUAAAAGAAAAACUGGACUCACUGCUUAAAACACUCAGUGAUGAAUCCCAGGCGGCAUCAUCCUUACCAAACCCACCGCCAACAAUUGCAGAAGAACAGGAAGAUGGCGAAACAACCAGUAUGAUGUGCGACCUUACUGAGGACAGGCCAGCCUGUUCCCCCAGGCCACAGAUAUUCCGACCGAGAGAGCAACUCAUGCUACGAGCAAAUAGCUUGAAGAAGGCGAUACGACAGAUCAUAGAACACGCAGAGAAAGCUGUGGAUGAACAGAAUGCACAGACACAGGAUCAGGAAGGUUAUACCUUUGGUCCUUGUUCUGAGGAAGAAAGAAGAGAAUCCCAAAAUGAAGACAAGAUCUCACUGCACUCCUCAUAUAGCUCUAACAUUAGAGGAAAGGUCUACCGGAAAGUGCCAAAAUCUCCCUGUGAGAGGAGGAUCAGUAAAGGAAGCUUAUCUAUUGGCAGCUCCUCCUCACUUCCUACUCCAACAGGAAAUCGAGACAACUUGCCAAUGCUUAACUCCAAGAUUCUUUACCCAAGUUUACGAGCUGGAUUGGCUGCUUCUUUGGCUGGAGGAUCUGUCAUCAGCAAAAUGUUAUUUGUCCAUGCUGACACUGUGAACUCGGAACCUGAUAUUCUAAAUGGGUACACAGAAAAGUGUGUAAUGAACAAUUACUUUGGUAUCGGAUUGGAUGCAAAAAUUUCUCUUGAUUUCAACAACAAACGGGAUGAACAUCCAGAAAAAUGCAGGAGUCGUACAAAAAACAUGAUGUGGUAUGGGGUUCUUGGAACCAAGGAGCUGCUGCACAGAACCUACAAAAACCUGGAGCAGAAAGUACUGUUAGAGUGUGAUGGACAGCGCAUCCCCUUGCCCAGUCUGCAGGGCAUUGCAGUGCUAAACAUCCCCAGCUAUGCUGGUGGCACUAACUUCUGGGGCGGAACCAAGGAAGAUGAUAUUUUCACAGCUCCCUCUUUUGAUGAUAAGAUCCUGGAGGUGGUGGCUGUGUUUGGCAGUAUGCAAAUGGCAGUCUCACGAGUUAUCAACCUGCAACACCAUCGAAUUGCUCAAUGUCGUGCUGUAAAGAUCACAAUCCUCGGUGAUGAAGGAGUACCAGUGCAAGUGGAUGGAGAAGCCUGGAUCCAGCCCCCUGGUUACAUCAAAAUUAUUCACAAGAACCGUGCACAGAUGCUGACCAGAGAUAGGGCUUUUGAGAGCACCCUCAAGUCUUGGGAAGACAAGCAAAAAUGUGAACUACCUCGCCCAUCCUCCCAACAUGCCUUGCAACCUGAGAUCGUUUCAGAAGAAGAAGCUGCUGAGAUCAAUCAGUUUGGCCGAGCGGCUGGAACGCUCAUCCACAGGAUUCGGGAGACAGCACAGCUGCAUCACACCAUGGAGCAGGAGCUUGCGCACGCAGUAAAUGCCAGUGCCAAAUCAAUGGACAAAGUUUACGCAAAAUCGAAAACAACUGAGGGCCUGAGUUGCAGUCUGGUGAUGGAAAUGGUCAACAAUGGGAAAGCCCUGCACAAUGAGACCGAGCUCCUAUUGGCUGGCAAAAUGUCACUGCAGUUGGAUCCACCUCAGAAGGACGAACUCACUGGGGCUCUGGCUAAUGUGGACAUGCAGCUUCGAAAACUGGCAGAGAUCCCCUGGCUGUACCAGCUCAUUGAACCAAGUGAUGAUGAAAGCCAGUUGUUGGAAUAUUCCAAGCGUACUCGCAGUGCCAAAUUCCGCCUUGUGUCAAAAUUAAAAAAAGAGAAAAACAACAAGAAUAAGGAAACCAGGGGGAAUAUGGGAUUACCAGGUGGCGCUGCUCUUCGCUUUCCCACAGUGCAUCAGUGGGGUACUGAGGAGGUGGCAGCCUGGUUAGAGCAUCUUAGCCUGUUCGAGUACAGAGACAUCUUCAUCCGGCACGACAUCCGUGGCUCAGAGCUCUUGCAUCUGGAGAGGCGAGACCUGAAGGACUUGGGGAUAGCGAGAGUGGGCCACAUGAAGCGAAUCCUACAUGGGAUCAAGGAGUUGAGCCGGAAUACUCCUGUCAGCGAAGUGUGAUGUACGUGUUCAACUCCUGUGUAUACAGAGCUACCUAAACCUCCAGCCCAUUGCAUAGAGGAUGAGAGAGGCUCACCUUUGGCUGUAUGUGUAAGCCUCACUAUCAACUAGUCGGAGGGUGUUGACCUUGGAGCAGCUAACAGAUAUCAAAAUAAUAAAAGACCUGAUACAUAAUCUCUCACCCAAUAGAAAAAAAGGAGUGAGGCUUAUCCAAUUAAACUAAUGCUGCAUUCAAGUUAAAAACCUGUCAAAUCAGAAUUGAAGUUACCUCAAGCAAGUAUCCAGUUAGGUUGAAUUUUACUCUGAAGCACACCUAGGAGUAAAGCUGAAUGUGAUUGGUCUAAAAUUCCACAAUGAUCCCAAUGAAGAGGAAUCAUGAUCCUUCGACAUAGGAAUGUACUGCACACCAGUGACUUAAUCUCAGAAGCUCUUCACAAAAGGGACAAAACAUCUCUUUUUUAUAUAAUGGUAACCUAAUGAAACUGUAAUUGGGACAGAACCUGUAGUAACUCACACCUGCAGACAUUAACUGAACCUUUUCAGAUUGUGAUCCGUUGAAGUGACGGUUGUGGGUUGAGCAUGGAGCCCUACAUUUCUCUCUCAUCCCAGGAUCUAUCCACACACCUUUUGCAAACUACCAACUCGAAGAACAUGGAAGUGCUAUUACAAUGUCUUCCUGCAUUAGUUGCCCUCAAAACCCUUGCUGUUGACAUGUUGUUUCUCAUUCCCUAGGUGACUCAGAGACAUUGAUGUGCUUCAGAGCGACAGGAAGCAACGUCAGGCUCGUGCGUGUGUCCCAGGCAGUGCAGCAUUUAGAAUAUCACAGUCUUCUAACUGGUUUUAGAGCCAGUAUAACUCUUCAACAAUAGUGAAACACUCUCAAGUAGUCUUGCAUGAUACAGUCCGGGAGUAUCAAAGAUAUAUGAGAAUCAGCCCAGGAGCCUUUAGGAUUUGUGAGAGUCAGUCUUGGAGAGUUUGUAUGUGUGAGAGUCAGUCUUGGAGAGUCUGUAAGAGUCAGCCUUGGGGAAGUCUGUAUGUGUGAGCGUCAAUCUUGGGAGUUUAUAGAAUGUGAGAGAGUCAAUCCUGGAGUGUCCGGGGUGUGUGAGGGUCAGGUCUGGAGUCUUCGGGAUGUGUGAGAGUCGGUUCUGAAUGAGAUAUGUGACAGUCAGUCCUGGAGUAUUUGGGAUGUGUGUUUGUGAGUCCUAAAAAAGAAAGACUUGCUUUAGUCUAGCAUUUUUUAUGAUCUCAGGAUAUCCCAAAUCCCAUUAGACCUCUUAAAAUAAAAGGUCUACCAUUUAAGACAGAGAUGAGGAGAAACUUUUUCUCUCAAAGGCUUGUAACUAUGUGGAGUUCUCUUCCCAGAAAGUAAUGGAGACCGGGUCAUUGAAUUUACUCAGGCAGUAUACAGAUUUUUUGAUAGAUGGGGGAGUCAAGUGUUAUGGGGGGAAGACGGCAAAGUGCAGUUGAGACCACAACCAGAUCAGCCAUGAUCUUAUUGAAUGGCGGAGCAGGCUCGAAGGGCUGAAUAGCCUACUCCUGCUCCUAAGUCCUAUGUUUUUAAAGACAGUGAGGUUCUUUUGAAGUGUAGUCACUGUGUAACUUAAGAAAUGCACACAGAAAGCUCCCCACAAAAAAACAUUGUGAUAUUCACCAGUCAGUCUGUUUUUAGCAUUGUUGGUUGAGGGAUACAUGUUGUCCAGGACACUGGAGAGAGCUCUCCUGUUCUUCUUCAAAUAAUGCUAUGGGACCUUUCACGUACUCCUGAGAGGACAAACUGGUUUAACAUCUCAUCCGGAAGCCAGCACCUCUGACAGUGUAGCAUUCCUUCAGUACUGCCAGAAUGCUACUUACUGAGCCACGGCUGACAGCCACAGGAUGCGAGACUGAAUUCUGGAGUAUUUGGAAUGUACGAGAGUGCACCCAGGAGUAUCUGGGAUGUGAGAGAGUGAAUCCUGGAGUGUCUGGGAUGAGAGAGAGUGAAUUCUGGAGUAUUUGGGAUGUGAGAAAGUGAAUCUUGGAGUAUUUAGGAUGUACGAGAGUGCAUCCUGGAGUUUCUGGAAUGUGAAGGAGUAGUGCUGCAGUGUUUGGGACAUGUGAAGAACCAAGCAAAAUAUGUGUCCAAAAUCUUCAGGGAUUCUGAUUCUGUUGCGUACAGCACACAGAAAUAUUCCUCAUCAUGAGGUGGCUGUUGCCCUUGAUUUUGGAGGCAUCUCUUCACGCACAACUUGCCCUAAGGAUUGCAACACCUUUGCCAGUUCAGUGUUGGAAGUCAUUGUGAUUUAUAAGAAAACAGGUUGACCUCAAGAUUUUAGGUCACAAUGCAUUUCCUUCAAAAUUUGUUUGCCAAGUAUUUUUUUUAAUGUCUAAUCUUUCUGCAGUUUUGCACAUCCCUCAGCUUGUAAGAAGAGAACUGGCAGAGAACUCAUCUCAGCACCCCUGAUAUACUGUACUCUCUUCAUUUAAUUCACUCUAUUGCUUGGGGCAUCUCCAAACCACUGAUUCUGAUCCUUGUAUUUUAAAUCCUUCCAUGACUCUGUUUAUUCCUAUUUCUGUAUCCUUCUCCACUUCCAAACUCACCAUUCCUAUUACUCUAGCCUCAUGUGCGUGCAUUCCAUCCCAAACCCAUUCAUGCAACACUGGUGCCCAUGCCUACAGCUUCCAGGUCAUAGUCACUGGAGUUCCCUGUCCAGAUAUACCCUCAUCUCCUGUAAGAGCUUCCUUAAUACUGAUCUCUCCAAUAAAGCUUUUGGUCCCUCCUUAAUUACCUUUUCCUUUACAUUGUUGUUUCUUCAUUUCCAUGCACCUCUUCGAGCAUCUUGGGACAUAUUUUCCACCCUGGCAAUGCGACAUAAAUACAAGGGUAGCCAGCUGCUCUUGAGUUCAUCAUUUCUCUGAUUAACCAACUUGGCUCCUUAAUACUUGAUUCUCAUGUACUAUUCCUAGAUACUUUUCAUAUCUGAGUUAUCCCAGAUCAUUCAUCCCACACACAUCACCAGCCUUGAUCCAGAAACUGUCAUUAAUAAACUCCUAUCUCUCUACUCUACUAAACUCAUUCAGUUAGAAAUAAUGCUCACUUACCUGCCUGUUCUUGCAAGUUUAGGCUCACUUUGGCUAAGUGCGAACUCCUAUUCAGGUCAAGCAUACGUCCUUAGCUUCUCACAGCAGAAAUGUACACUUAUCAGCUUCGCAGUCAGUCUGUCUUUGGCAGUGUAACCCCAGCUACCUGCAACCCGUUCAAGUCUAGGCAAUCGAUGUGAGUAACCAACCAAUAGGACAUAAUAGCUGAACCCAAUAUUGUCCUUGCCUAAUGCCCAUGUCACAAUUUGGGCUGCCUUUUAUUAAUAUGAUGUUGUCAUUAAAGCAAAAAUUAGCUUUCAUAAGGAACCUGGCAUAUUCCAUUGAAACUUGACCACUUGUAUUAAUAGUUGGGAUAGCAUUUCCACACAGUGGCACAUGGAUCCUUCUGCUGUUGUAGUUUCUGCAGCCACAGCCUUCCCAAUGUGUGCUUCACAUCUCAGUGCCUAGCAGAAGACCCCACAGAUGGAGGCCAUGUGUCUCAGACUAAGAACUAUUAUUCAUCAACUUUUAAAAAUAAAUUAUACAAAAGCAAGUAUAAAUUUGCAAAUUAGAUAAAAACAUAUUUUAUAUUAUUCAUAAAACAGAGUAACAAGAAUCUUUUGAGAAUCUAUAUAUUGACAGAGUUCAGUCUCUCUGCAGCAACUCACCCAUGUGAUAGAACAGCAGGAACUGAACUGAAGAAGGAGGACAGUCUUGUUGUAUUUAUCCCAGAUUCAGACAGUAUCUGUCAAUCAGAAAUCAGAACAAAGACACAGUAGAAGAAUCCUGUCAUCUCACUUUGUUUCCUAUAACUUGGUUGGUUCUAACACAGUCUAUAUGCAUAUCCCUCCACCAACCUAUUAACCUAUCAGUCCACAUACUAUCAUCUAGCCUUAUCACUCCACCCCACUAUCACCUUCUCAACAAAUCAACCUUUGCUAUCUUCCUAAUUUCUAACCACGUCCCUCCCCUUACUACCCACAGUCUCAUGAUGUACCUCUACCCCACCUACUACCUCUAACAUAUCAUCCCAUUUUACCCAUACACCUUGCCCACGUAACUUAAUCCCUUUUCUCUCUUUGGAGACGCAUAUCUCUGUUGACUCUAUUUGCCUUUUGAGUUCCAGACUCAUUAUUUGGAUAGAACAGUUUCUCUAAUUCUCCUUACUGCUAACUUCCAUGUUUUUCUAACAUUGACUGCCAGUGUCUCUGUGCCCCAGUAAUGGUACAGUGCAUAUGUGUUCAUCUUCUCCCUUCAGAAAUUUAUUUGAGUCAUUCAUUCUGCUGCUCUUGAAUAUUUUCUACUGAAUUGCCACAUCAGUGAUCUCUGUUGCUGUAAACGGAGGUGCCAUAAUUGAAAACAAAACAUAAACGGGGUAAGGAUGCUGAGUUUAAUAUGUGUUGGUUUCACUCUCAUUCCAGCUCCACCCUGUAAAUUCAUCACUUUUAUUCAGAGGUGGUAACUUUUGUGUGGCAAUACAGAUUGCUGUAUUGUACAAAUAGUGUGUUUUUUAUACCCUGAGUCACCUCUUGGGGAAAAAAAUGCCAUGUAAAGGAUGGUUAAGGAUCAAACUAUUUCUCACAUUGAUUUUGAUUAUUUGGGCAAAGGGAAAAAUCAGAUCAUUGCGGCAAACACAAAAACAUCACAGUCAUUAAAGAAGUAGAGACAGUGUUGGGGUAAGAGAGACUAUGUUAAAGCAGUGAUAUAGUGUUAGCAAUGAAAUGGUAGAUUAUUGGGGUGACUGUUUUAACAGAGAAAGCUACAUGGUGCAUUAAUGGAGAGGCAAAGUAGUAAUGAAGGGUGAUGACACAUUAAGGGAAACACGGUGGGCUGAAUUCUCAUUCAUGAUCCUAACUGAAAUGGAAUGUCUGUGAUUCCCCACUGAAAUGAGAUGGUAGUAGUAGGACCAGGGAAUCAUUGCUAACAGCCUUGAAGUCCGCCAAUGCAAGGGGAAGGCCAUGGGCAGCCUCCUCUGCGUCCAUUCAGGCUUCAUUUAUCUUUGUUGCAGCAGGAAUUCAAUCAGAAGCCCACCAUACAUAUCAGAUGACCUGCCAAACUAGGAAAUGGUUUGGAUUUAGGACAGAAUUAGAGGGGUAGGCAGGAUUCCCACCCAGCUAAAUCUAUGUCCCAGAGAGAAGAAAAUAAAUGACUGAUUAGAGCAACACUGCAUUAAUAGAGAGAGAGGCAAAUGGGAUAGUGGAGAAACAUGGUACUUAAACAGAGAGAAAGAGAUGCUGAAUUAACAGUCCUCUUGUUUUAAGAGAUAUAUUGUGAUGCAGUGAAGUCUGGGCAAUUAUGCUUCCUGCUAGUAGUACCUGUUGGAUGUAAAAUGCUUUUACAGCUUUUAAUACUUAAAUCAACAGUAACUAUUUGACAUUUAUAGAGAUUGCACUUCCAUUCAGAGAGAGGCCGUGGGUUUCUGUUGAAAGGAGUCCGUAACUCUGUUUAACAGGAGACUGUGGCUCUGCUCAAUGGGAGAUUGAGGUGCUAUUUAAAGGAAGAUUUCAGUUCUGUUCAAAGGGAGAUCACGGCUCACUGUCCACAGAGAAACCACUGCUCUAUUUGAAGGCACUUCCUCAGGACUGUUGAUGUUUUUGUGUCUUGGUUAGCCAGCAAAAGAGCUAGCCCGAGACUCCAAGCUUGACACAGGUAAAUGCAGGUUUCACUGCACCUCUGCCUUAACUCGCCAAGUGACAGAAUUCCUUGUUAUUUACCUCACUCUCUGGAACACUUUUGUUUAGAGAGCACCCAAUGGAUUGGGUUCUCUAGGUUCUGUCUCUCCAUGAGGUCUGCAUGUUGUAUUUAUUCUUAAUUUAUAUAUAAAUAUGGUUGUGACUGUAUUUUUGUACAUAUUAAUUGUCAAUCGAUGUAUAUAUUUCCUGUAAAUACAAUGGGAUUGAAUCCAGCUUCCAGUAAAAUGUUUUUUUCUCAGUU